AUGGUGGAGCCCGAAGAAUCACGGGGUGGGAGUUCUGGACCGCAACAGCAGCAGCCGCAGCAGCAGCAGCCGCAGCAGCAGCAGCAGCAGCAGCAGCAGCAGCAGCAGCAGCAGCAGCCCGAGACGCAGCGGGAACCAACUGCUUUUGGCGGCGCAGCAACGGGUGCUGGGACGCCGCUGGAGCAGCUGCUAUCUGUGGCGUUCCUUAUCGCGCCCUUCUUCUUGUGGGGAACGACCAUGGCUGCCAUGCGGCCCGUCACGGCGCACACCACGCCGCUGUUCAUGGGCGCGCUGCGGCUGCUGCCCGGCGGCCUCGCCUUAGUCGGCUGGGCGGCAGCCAACGGGCGGCCGCAGCCGUCAUCCGCGAUCGCGUGGGCUUGGGUGGCCGCGUUUGCCCUCGUCGACGGCGCCAUGUUCCAGGGCUUCCUGGCCGAGGGCCUGCAGCGGACCUCUGCCGGCCUCGGCAGCGUCAUCAUCGACUCCCAGCCUCUCACGGUGGCGGUGCUGGCGGCGCUGCUGUUCGACGAGCGCCUCGCGCCCGCGGCUGUCGCGGGGCUCUUCAUCGGCGUCGCGGGCCUGCUGCUGCUGGAGGUGCCCCAGGAAGCCGUGCAGCAGCUGCUCUCCCAGGGCCCCGGCGCGCUAUCUGACCUGGCGGCGCUCGUGCCCAGCUCGCUGGGCGGCGGCAGCAUCUGGGACAGCGGGGAGUGGUGGAUGCUGCUGGCGGCGCAGUCGAUGGCUGUGGGGACAGUGAUGGUCAGAUGGGUGAUGCGGCACUGCGACCCCGUCAUGGCGACAGGCUGGCACAUGGUCCUCGGCGGCGCCGGCCUCCUGGCGCUGUCCCUCGCAACAGACGGCCCCGUCCUCGCGGAGCGCCUGCAGGGCUUCGGCGCCGCCGACGCGGCCGCGAUGGGCUACGGGUCGCUGCUGGGCGGCGCGGCCGCGUACGGCAUAUUCUUCUACAACGCGACACAGGGCAGCCUCACGGCGCUCAGCAGCCUCACGUUUUUGACGCCGAUGUUUGCCGCGGGCGCCGGCUAUCUCGCGCUCGGCGAAACGCUGACGCCGGUGCAGCUGGCGGGUGCCGGGGUGACGCUGUUUGCGGUCUACCUCAUUAACAACCGCUCGGCUCAGUGA